CUCUAUCGAUCCCAACAUCCGCGCCUUCUCCUUGCUGAUCGAUCUGCACAUGGAGGAGACCGACCGCGACGGCAAUGGUGUGUGCUUCCCCUACGAUGUACUACUCGACAUCCUCCGUCGCCUCCCCUGCCGCGCCGUCGCCAAGUCCCGGUGCGUCUGCCGUGUGUGGCGUGCCCUCCUCGACGCCCACAAGCCCCUUCCUCCAAUGGUGUUCUUCGACGUGACCAUCGGCGGCGCCCCCGCAGGCCGCAUCGUAAUGGAGCUCUUCGCCAAGGACGUGCCCAAGACGGCGGAGAACUUCCGCGCACUCUGCACUGGCGAGCAGGGCGUCGGCAGGAACGGCAAGCCGAUGCACUUCAAGGGCAGCAAGUUCCACCGCGUGAUACCCGGCUUCAUCUGCCUGAGCGGCGACAUCACCAAGGGCAACAACACCGGCAGUGAGUCCAUCUAUGGCGACAAGUUCCGCGACGAGAAGUCCGUCCUCAAGCACACCAAGCCCGGGAUGGUGUCCAUGGCCAAUGUGGGGCCGAACACCAAUAGUUCCCAGUUCUUCAUCUGCACCAUCCCCUGCCAGUGGCUCGACGGUAGGCAUGUCGUAUUCGGUGAGGUCGUCAAGGGCAUGGACGUCGUCAGGAACAUCAAGAAGGUGGGCACCCGUAGUGGCAUGUGUGCCAAGUCUGUCAUCAUCGCCGACUCCGGCCAGCUUUGAGCAUGCACCCUGCUGCAGCCAAUUGUCAGUUGUUCGUCGUGCUCCCAUGUCAUGUCGUUGAUCUAAAAUAAGAAGUUGGUGUGAGUGGUGUCGUGUCUUCCCUUUGUCCGUUCGAUGAGAUCUCCAUGGUAGGUUUGUGAGGGUUUUGGGUGGACUCUUUUGGUUGCUGGAUCUAUGUUCGACGGUCAUGGUUAUCUUUCGUCAAAGUUUGCAAACGCUUAAAAUAUCAGGUCACAGAGGUGUC